UCUAUAUAUAUAUAAUCCUCAAUCUCAAAGCAGAAAUAAAUAUUUCAGUUACAUCCAAUUAAGGAAUAAAAAUUUGCGGAGAUCCACAAGAGGAAGACAUGCUGAGCAGAAGCAACAGCAGCAGGAACUAUUUCGCUCCGACCCCGGUGGAGAACUGGCGGCCCUCAAGGGACUACGGUGCCUACACUCCCAACUCUAAUGAAUCAAAUUUUGGGCAGCGCUUGUCAGGAUCACGUUCCUUUAGAAGCAACCAAGAUUCUGGAGGAACAAUGGAAGCACAACGGUCAUUUGGCAGAAGGACGUCAAGUUUUGGCUCGGACAGUAUCCAUCACCAAACACUUAGCAGCAUCCCAGCACCACAACGGUCCUCCUCAGUUCAAAUCAUAAUCCUCGACAAUGACCCGCCAAGAGAAUCCAAUCCUUGGCCUAGACAGCCAUCCCGUGACGUGGCCCCUCCUAGGCCAAUUGAUCCAUGGUACGUGCCUCUCCGACGGACUGAAGAACAAUACCCCAGAUCGAGUUCCCGGAUCGAGCAAAACAAGGCUUUGGAAAAUCUAAGAAAGCAAAUUUAUAAUCCGAACUCGAAAAGAAUAACAACAAGAAUCAACUUGUACUACAGAGACACUCCCGUGAAUCCCAAGGAGAUCGACAACGAAGAAGAUGGCAAAAGGUGUGCCAUUUGCUUGGAGGACUUUGAGCGCGGGCAAGAGGUGAUGAUCACUCCAUGUAAGCACAUGUUCCAUGAAGAAUGCAUCGUGCCGUGGGCGAAAAGCAACGCUCAGUGUCCCGUUUGCAGGUUCGUUUUCGGACCAAAAACUAGGGAAUCUGCAACGCCCUUUAACAGAGGCAAUAGCAACAAUAAUAACACCGAGAAUGUGGCCGGUUCCGGCUUAUCUACUGAAGAGUUCUUUUCAAUUAUAAGGGCACUUGGUGACGGUUUCCAAUGGAACUAUUGAGAAUUGUUAUGGAAAGCCAAAUAAUGUUUUAUUAAAUUUGAGACAUUUGUUUGUUUGUUUGUUUGGUAUUCUAAGCUCAAGAAAGUUUCCUUGCAAAUAAAUAAUGCUGUCUUUAAGCUAAGAAAGUUUUAGUAAAAAAGCAUUACCAAGCCUAUAAAUGAAGACGUU